AUUAAAUAGGAAGAUGUAGAAUAAAUUAUUUGUUUUGUAUAGACGUCUAAACGUUCCUCUAAAGCUGAAGAGUUCCAAAACAAAUACUGAAGCGCCCAAAGGCCAUCACUGUUCAUAAUCAGACGUUUAGUUUCUAGGAGACAGUUGUGAGUAUUCAGAUAGCAUUUACUUGGAAAAAUGACUAGUAGAUUAUUAGAAGCAAUUGAAUUGAACAAUCUUGAAGCCGUCAGGGCGCUAUUAAAUGACAGGGAGCAUUGUAAACAUUACGACGUCAAUGAAGGUUUAUGUAUGGCGGCCAAGAAUGGCUAUUAUGAAAUAAUCCAAGAGUUGUUCCGGAGCCCAUUGAGAAAGCCAUCGGUGCAAUAUGUUGAUGAAAACCAGAAGAGAGCGUUUGAAUAUGCUGUAAUAUCUGGUGACAGAAAUGCUGUUGACUUUUUAUUGAAGGCAGGGGCUUUUAUAAAUUGGUCAGAUGAUGAGGGUUUUCAGCCGUUACACUUUGCUGCCCAGUGCGGAAACGUAGCCAUGAUUAAUUUCUUGAUAGAGAAUGGAUCUCACAUUUACUCAGCCAGAACUAAUAGGGAAGGCCUUACCCCAUUUCAUAUAGCUGUUGAUUAUGGACAUAUUGAGGCCGUCGAGGCAUUUAUUGAAUCAAGGACAGUGUCAGUCAAUAUGAAGACGAAACUUAAACAAGGUGGUCAAACUCCUCUACACAGAGCUGUUCUGAAGUCCCAUUUGAAAAUAAUAGAAUUACUGGUUGAAAAGGGUGCAUGCAUUGAUACAAAAGAUUCCGAAGGCAGACAAGCUAUUCAUUAUGCUGCACAAGCAGACGAUCCCAAUGUUCUUGAAUAUAUCCUUAACCAAGGUGCAAAUAUUGAUGUCACAGAAAACUGCGGACGUCGAGCAAUUCACUACGCAAUCUACAAUAAUCAAGAAGAAAAUGUAAAAACAUUGUUAAAUUAUGGUGCAGAUAUUCAUGCAAAAGACGAAAAUGCCUAUUUGCCUCUGUAUAGUGGGGUCAUGAUAGAGAACCCAAAAAUUGUUAAGUGCUUACUGCUGGCAGGAGCAGAUCCAAAUGAAUGUAAUCGAGUAUCCCGCCAAGAUUAUGCCCUUUUAAUGGCGGUAUCUCUUGGAAACACCGAGAUCGUUAGAAUCUUAUUAGAUGCUGGAGCGGAUCCAAAUGUCUUAGGUUUCAAUAGAGCAACUGCACUCCACAAAUGUCAAAAACUGAAAAACAAGGAAGAACGCGAUGCAAUAUUAGCAUUGUUGAUAAAAAGUGGGGCAAAGAUGAAUCCAAUGGACAGAGAUGGAUAUACCCCUCUCCAUAGCUGUGUUAUGCAAUCAGUUCUCGGAAACUUUAGCUUAACGACAAUGAAGAUUCUUAUUCAGGCAGGAUCGUGCCUUUAUCCAGAAAGAUUGUCACCCAGUGAAUCUCAGAUAAGAGUGCCGGCUUCACCGAACUCUCCCCUCUGUUUCCUUGUCUGGCGAGGUUUUCUGGAGGCCGCGGAGUAUCUUCUACACUGUGGGUGGGACAUCUCUCAUGAAACCUGGAUGUACCUACCAGGUAAAACAACAGAACAGACGCGAUUUCACCAGUGGAUGAUAGAAUUAACCAGUUCUGUCAGACCCCUGUCCAGUAUAUGUCGUCAAAGUAUACGAAGGCAUCUUUUAGAAUGUACAAAAGGAUCUGAGAUUCUGACCAGCAUUGAAAAUCUUCCAUUACCACCUUCAAUAAAGAAGUAUCUUUCAUAUCAGGAUCAGUAAAACUGUAAUGAAAUUAUAGUUGUAUUUUCAUAUUCAUGUGUUUUUGGAAAGAGGAUACAAACAAACUUUUUUAAAAAGAAUACUGAAAUACAAUUCAAGUCAUGUUUUGAAUAAGUAACUGCAAAGAAUUCAAUAUUCUCGAAUCAAAAUUUCAAAAUAAUGUCUUAUCAAGAGAAAAUAGAAAAAAAUAAUUUUUUGCCUCAGGAAGGAUGACUUUUGAACAUAUAAGGUUUCCAAUUUCUUAAUAUUUUGAUAUUUGCUUUAUUUCAACCAGAAUAUGCUCGAAAAUACCUAUCAAUUCAGGCAUCCAUUUUUUUGUUUUUAGCAUCUGUUCUCAAAAGUUAAUUUUGCAAUUGAUAUCCAUCAUUGUACCAGUUUAAACCGAAAUGGGUUUCAUUCUUGUUAAAAUGUGUUUGGUAUUUUUCUUAACAAAAUGUGCAAUAUUGUUAAGGAGCAUGGUUAUUUUUAGAGUUUUCUUUACAUAGUUGACUUGUAUUUUGCAAAAAAUUGAAUUCACUACACAAUUGAUAUAUCUGAUAUUUAUAUCCUCUAAACACAAUAUAUUCAUACAUACAAGUGAUUUCUAAAACCAAAGCAUUAAAAAGAUGUAAAGAUAUAAAACGUUGUAAUUUCCUGGUCAAAACACUGUUAUAAAAUCAAACACCAUGAUAUUGAUCUAAUUCAAGAAAAUCAAAAUUUAAAAAAUUCAUUUUUUUUUUAAAUUUUAUUAUCAACAAAGAUAUUAAUCACCACCUCCACAAUUAUCACUAUCAUAAAAUCUGUCUAUUUUUAAAGUUAAAAACUCAUUCCUUCUUGUAUUUAAGGGUUAACGCCCUGAUGUCACUUACUAAGAGUCAGAUUUUGUUCUAUGUAUGAGUCACAAAGGACAUCGCUUAAAGCUUUAAACUGCACUUGUACUCAGCAAGUAUACUAACAGAUCUGGCAAAAAAUUGGACCGGUUGAACUUUUGCUGUGCUGAAACAGUGCACGAAACAUUUUUAAAAAUAAACCUUUUCUUACAAUGUG